GGCGGGAGAGGUGGCCCGUUUUGUUUUUCCCGCCCGGCUUCAUUAUUGAUGGCAUCGGACGGUAAUGCGGAAGCAUGUGUGAACGUUUCAUUACAAAAGGUGGACGCGGCUCGUGUUAAUAUCACAGACCGGCCGGACCCGACCGGAUGGGUGGACGUUCCGACAAAAAAAACUCGCGCAAUUAAAAUUGACACAAGCCUCACUCGGGUCUUUUUUUAAGUUAAUUCUGAAAAGUUUCUGGGAAAGUUGUUGUAAAGUUUUGCCGUGCGUGUGUGAGGCCGCGUGUGUGGACUGACGCCUCGUGACUGAUUGGUCGAGCUCGCAUUUCCUCGAUCCUAUUGGACAUCGGAACUUCUCAAACUAUUCUAGUCGAAUUUUCGUUACGUUAAGUUUUACUCUCGUGUUAACUGAACAUUGACAUUUUGUGACGUUUAUAUUCUAUUUUAUUGUUUUACUUUUAAAUUGAAGACGCAAGCAGGCGAUAAGAUACGCGAGUGUUCAGGAAACGGCUGAUUAUUAAGAUUACGAACACAUGAAUCGAUAUAACUAAUACAAGAUGGUGGACACACAACACUUCUGCCUCCGGUGGAACAACUACCAGAGCAGCAUCACCAGCGCCUUCGAGAACCUUCGAGAUGACGAGGACUUCGUGGAUGUGACCCUCGCCUGCGACGGCAAGAGUCUCAAAGCACAUCGAGUCGUGCUCUCAGCAUGCAGCCCCUACUUCAGAGAGCUGCUAAAAUCAACGCCAUGCAAGCAUCCAGUGAUAGUCCUCCAAGACGUGGCCUUCACGGACCUGCACGCGCUCGUGGACUUCAUCUACCACGGCGAGGUGAACGUGCACCAGAGGAGCCUCUCCUCCUUCCUCAAGACCGCUGAGGUCCUCCGGGUCUCUGGUCUCACUCAGAAUGACGAUAUACCAGGGCCGCUGGUUCAGAGUAUCGCACGCGCGGCCGCCGCAGCCGCAGCGUCGCCGCACACGCCGCCGCACCCGGCUCACCCCGCUCACCCCGCUCACCCGGCGCACCCCGUACACCCGGCGCACCCUGCGCAUGCGCCGCAGACCCCUCAGACUCCUCACAACCCUUACUCCGAGAAGCUGGAGGAAGCGCUGCUACACCCGCCGCAACUGAGCCGCCGAAUGCCGCUCAUGCCGCGCCGCAUGUCACGCUCCGCAGACAACUCUCCCGACGUGAUCAAGCGCGCCCGCCACGACAACAACAACGACCAGAUACACGACUUCUCCACCAAGAACUCGAUGAUGACCAGCACACGGCCGCACGACCAGGGGAACGGCAACGGGAUCUCCAACUCGAGCUCGUCGCCGUCGCCCAGGCUCAUGGACGAGGUGAAGAACGAACCGCUGGAUAUGAUCUGCCCUUCCAACCCGGACAUCGACCGAAGCACUGAUGAUACACCGCCGCAUUCCAUUCAUCGACAAAUGGGAGGAGGACCACCAUCUCGCGCCAGCUCAGGAGAGGACGAUCGCACUCCACCACCGCAGCUUCCACCAUCGCCGUUCAUUUCGCCAGCUGAUUCCAAGAUGUUUCCAUCGCCCAACUACCACUUCAAUAUCUCCGCUCUAACUGAUCCAUCAUCACUGUCUGGUCUGCAAAGCCCGCUCACCCCGGAUGGCAUGGCGAGCACUUCUCAAGCGGGGCCGCUGGGGCCUCUGGGGGCGGGGCAUCGCUGCGAGGUGUGCGGCAAGCUGCUGUCCACUCGGCUCACGCUCAAGCGGCACACGGAGCAGCAGCACCUGCAGCCGCUGCACUCGGCUCGCUGCAGCCUCUGCCACAAGGUGUUCCGCACGCUCAACUCGCUCAACAACCACAAGAGCAUCUACCACCGGCGGCAGCGGGGCCUGCCGCAGACUCAGCCCCAGAACCUCACCACCGACAACAAGCUACCCGCAGCCCACCACAACAUCGACUUCUACAAGUUCAAAGAUCAGUUCAACGUUUAACUUUUUAUUCACUCUAGAUCAUUUAUUUUUAGAUAUUCUUCAAGACUUAUUUUUGAACUUGUAGAUCGUGGCUACGAUUCGGCUUCACCUGUGUUCGUAAAACCUGAGAAAACUGUUUGGCAAUCGUGACCUAAAAAUUUUUUAACUUGAACAUUUUGUCUUAUUAUCACUAGAACCCAAAAAACAUUUCACAGCAAAAACUACAAUAUUGGAGACUAAUCGUAUAUUGUUUUAUUAUUUUAAUUUUAUAAUUGAGUGUUAACAGAAUUUAUUAGAUUUUGCAAAAUGAGUUUCACAUCAAAAUUAUAUAUUUUCAUUUUACAAUCUUGAAGUUGUUUUGCAAUAGAGGUUUGCAUAAAAAAUAAUAAGGACAUAUAAAUUAAGCUUCUUUCUUAAAGGUCAAAUACAUAAAAGUGCUUAUUAACAUUUUGCGGUUGAACAUAGGUGAAGUCUUAGUUUAGGCACAAAAGUGACACACUGAUGCAAAAUCCGAAAACAGUGUAUUCGACAUUCCAUUCUUAAAAGGGCGAUGAUCUAAAAGUCAAAUUUUUCGACAAAACUAUUUAUUUGUAAUCGCCCCAAGUGCAAUACUGCGGUGUAAUAAACGUUUCCUGAAAUUUUACACUAUGUUAAAAAUGUGUGACAAUAAGGCGAAGAGAAAAUUUAAUAUUUUGAAAAUGAGAUGAGAAAAAAUUUGGUGCUGUAAAUUUAUAAAUUAGGCUUAAAUUAUUAAAAAUGAAACAGUGUUCGUACGUAAGCAACAUGAGGCGUAUUCAUUCAACGUUGUGUUCAUUUUCGGCGUUUUUGCAAUUUUAUUUCUCAUACUAACACAAUGAGUGGACGGUUAACGAGAAUCAGUGACGGCAUUUCAAAUAUAUACGAGAGGAGCCAGCAUUACAGUAUGUACAUAUUAUAUUGACGUAUGAUUUUAAUACGUAAAAUUUUAUGACCAUUUUUAACUUUCUCACAUUGCGAGAUCCACCACUACUAGAAGAUGCUUUAAAUGUAAUUUCGGAAUGUAAUAACGUCGUCUAUCAGAAACAUGUAGCCUAUUAAAUUGCAUUGUUUCCAGAAAACGAAAAAUGUUUCGUUUUCAAAACUAUCUCUUGGACUACAAAUACAAGAUGGCUACCGGUAAGAGCUCUUCGGAUCGUAACUGGCUCGUUCUCUGUCGUCUCACUCUGUCUACCUUAUUAUUUUAGUCUGAGCUUUAUUUAUAUUCUCUACUUUACCUUCAUGAUCUCACACUUAGAUAUAUACGAGAUUAUCUACUAAAAAUUCUAUUUAAAAAAUAUGAAGAAAUAAAAUUAUAUAACGCUGAUUGGCUAAUGAGGCUCUUUAUAUUUUUUUUAUUUUUGUAAUUUAUUUAGGUGUUUUGUUGACUGUAAGACUGACGCUUUCAGGAGAUAUAUAGCACCAUAGACAAGAAUCCGCAACGCACAGACAUUGACAUAAACCGGCCAUGGUAAUCACACAUACAACCUAACAAACAGAAAUAGAAAACCCAAAACAAACCACAAAACCACAAUCUAACUACUUUGUCGACUUUUACUUUACUUUUACUCUAGUCGACUUUACUUUAUACUAUUUUUUCAAUCGCAAAGAGGCAUAGCGUCAAAUAUGUGCCAUUUACGCGAAACAUUAUGGCUAUUUAAUAUUUUUAUUUAGAUCUUAAAAUUUUAUUACUUAUGUGUUCUGCCGAUUUUACUAUUUACAAUCGGCUUUUAGUUGCGAUUUUAUCUUACUGGUUAUUUUUUAGUGUAUUGAACAUUUAUAACUAAUAUUAACAUUAUAAAUUAGUGAAAAAUGUAAAAUUUUAAUAAUUCUCAAUGUUAAAUGUUCCUAAAUUUGAACAGUGUGAAUUUUUGACGUAAGUAUUCAAUCGUAAUUUGCUUGCCAUACAAUAGUGUUAUAUUCAUGUUUAGUUUCACAAAAGAUGCCAGUUCUGUGGUGUGAUAUUCAGAAAACAUUGUCGAUUUGACAAUAUUUUAUCUUUCACAAAAUCAAUCGAUCUAUGUGUGACAGUAGUUAGAAAUGGACCUAAUAAGCAAUAAAAAGACAUCUCCUUUGAAAGGUAAAAGAAACAAUUUUAAAUGGAAGUCAAGCUACUGUGACGCAUACUUACUUGUUUUUUGAAGAAAUACAUCACAAUAAUGAAAAUCGCGCCACUGAAAAUGCAUGUUAGGUUACACUAAUCGUGUCUAGAUUCAGAAUCAAACAACAUACGUUUUAAAUUAUUAAAACUUUCGCGAGACAUGAUUAACUUAUUUAGUAAUACGGCUUUACUCACGAUUUAUCGGCGUACCGACUAGUUUCAGACCAUUCGGAGGUAACAUACAUCUUAUUACCAGUGGGCGGCUGCUUUGCACAGGAUGCCGGCUAGAUUAUGGAUACCACAACGGCGCCUAUUUCUUAGUGAAGCAGUCAUGUGUAAACAUUACUGUGUUUCGGUCUGAAGGGCGCCGUAGCUAGUGAAAUUACUGGGAAAAUGAGACUCAAGAUCUUAUGUCUCAGGAUGACGAGCGCAAUCGUAGUGUAGCUUUUGGGUUGUUUGUUUUGAGUUUUUGGCAAUGCAUUGUAAUGGGCAAGGCGUAUCAAUUACCAUUAGUUGAACGUCCUGCUCGUCUCGUCCGUUAUUGGCAUAAAAAAAUAUAUUAAACGAUUACUUACAUCACAUUACUUUAAUAUUGUAUCUUACAAACCUUCAAUUAUAAAGUGUUUGUGUUCAAUCUUUCGCCCUGAUUCGUGGCUUCUGAAACUUUACAUAAUAUACACCUCUAUUUACCCGUUAACAUUUCACCCAAUGACAUUCCACGUCACUGGGUACGCUAUACACCACAUGAAAUAUUAACAACAAUAAUUAUUGACACCUGAAUCUGGACACGGUUUGACGUUUCUAUUCUAGUUGAAAACAUCACCACUUCGAGUCAGUAGAUGUCGCUAAAACAAAUAUUCUUUUUAGUCGUAAGAAAUAGAUUAUCUAAUUAUACAUGUAAACACAUAAUUUAUUGUAAUACUAUACAAUAUAUUAAGUAAUUAUUAGUGCCUGCUUUACAUAUUGUUUUUUUUUGUAUUCAAAAAGACAUAUUUUGUGUAAACUUCCUAUAUAAGGAGUUGUGUUCGAAACACAUUACCUAGGAGGUAAUCAUUGCUAACGUAACGUACGAGAGGCUUCCUAAAUAUUUUAAUAGUAUAUGUUAUGUAUAAGAUUAAGUUGUUAUUACUAGAUGCAUAAAUGCUUAGCCACUACCUUCGUUUAGUUAAUUCUAAGCUUUAUUAUAAUGUUUUUGAAUAAUCGGAAGACUAGUUUGGUGCUAAAUUUGAAUUCGUAGUAAGUGUGCAAAAAUUGUUGAGGAAUUCGUAAAAAGGGGAAUUCAAAAUUAUAGAUUUCGCAACAUUCCGCGCGAUGGAUGUUAAGUUUUGUUUUGCAACUUUGCAAACUGUAACGUAACUUAAAAGUUGUUGUUUUUUUUUUAUUUGUCAAAUAAUUUUAGUAAUAGUUAUUGUUAACUUUGGGUUGGGGUAUUAAGUUAGUUGACGCAUAGAAUUAAGACAUUUUAACUAAAUUCAUAGAGUUAAUAGCAUAUUUGUUUUAUUUACGACUACAGGGAUGUGCUGCUGUAAAUGUAGUACGGUUAUUUUAAAGUAGAAUGCAUCAGGGGGGAGUUGAUUUUGAUGAUAAAUUCAAAAUUGCCAAAAUUUAUGAGCGCUAUAGACUGACUAGAGUAAGUACGCGUUUCGGUUGUACACUAUUAGGCUUAUCUAGAAAAAUGUAUCUAUGUACAAUUAUUUAUUGAAAAUUUAUAGUCGGAAGCGGCGUUCGUUUCGGUAUUAAAUGGUUUUGUGAUUCGAUGAUCUUUGGUAUUGGAGGUGAUAGUUUUAGUUCUGGGAUCUCAUAAAAGCCUCACCACAUAGAAUACUGGCGUUUUGUACGGACUAUCUAUGUUGGACGCUCAUUGGCUACUAAAGAUAUUCACACAGCUAUGAAUCUAACACAACAUUUUGUCACUAUAUUAGUAGCAUUCACGGAUAUAAACAUUAUCCAUAUUAUGUUCUUGUUAUGUGCCUAAGUGUGAUCAAUUGUAUGAGGCUAUCUGCGGUAUACUUCGAAGAAAUGGUUAAUGGUUACCCAAACUUGAAGACUACUUAACAUUACCGCACAAAAUAACAGUUUCUGACUGGGAACUAUCUGUGGCUAUAGAAUAAUGGUCACAUCUUUAAUUUUAUAAUAUACUUGAAUUAACUCUAGCAAUGAUAAUGGUAGUCCGGUUUCUAUGUAAAGUGAAUGGCGUUUGAUGAAGCCGCAACCGCUCAAGUAUCCUGUGUGGCGAGGCUCUUGGAUCGUAAGAUCUGAGCGUUGUGAGGGCGGACUACACCGUGUUCUGAAGGAGCAGAACACAUCCCUGUCAAACAACAUAAGUUAGGGACUUUAGCAAGCUUAAGACUGUUUCUGUGACCUGUUUAAGUUUUAUCCUUCUAUCAUGUUAAGGGAUAUUAGUUUCGUUCACGUUUGCGUGUAGACCUUAUUCGAUGUGUUCUCUUAUACUUCUUGUUGGCGUUAUUACUUAUUUUAUAAGCUAUCUAAAUUAAUUUAUUGGUUGUUAAAUUGAAAUUUUAUUUUCUUUCUUAAAUUAUUGUUCAAAUCUAGAUAUUUGUUGAUUGGCAUCAGAAAUGCAGUCCAUUAGAUGUUUAUUUGUUAUAAAAUUGUGCCAAAAAAUGUUUUAUGUUGUCUUCCAUUAUUGAACUCGCUACAGUACGAGGAUAUUGGCAAUAGUAGAGUCGGCUUGUUAUAUGGGCUGCACCACAAAACAUAAACUUACGUAGUAACAAAUUGUAUGUAUGAAUAGAUUUUUUUCUCUUCCUUACUUUAUACCUUGACAUAAUUACUCAUAAAAUGUAAUUGUAAUCGUUAAACCGAACUUCAUAAAUCCUAAUAUUGAUGAUAAUGGCGUUUUUAAUAAAAUCAUAUACAAAAAUAA